UCCCGGGUACUGGAUCGGUACACAUGCUUCUGGCACGCUUCGGUGCUCUUCGUGAACCCCAGUGUUGGGCAGUAUAGCCUAGCUGCUCGAGCCUUGGGAAGGGGGUGGGGAAUGGGCUUUGAAGUAGGGAGAGGGACUGCCAUGUCGCCGGGCUAGAGAUAGGGGUUCCUCCGGCUUCUGUGGGUCCAGCUCCGAACCCCCCACCCCUUCCCUCUGUUCACCUGUAGCAAAACAGCGAACCUGGACGAUGAGCGUCUCGGACUCCUCACAUCGUCCUUCGGACCCUGGGAGCGUCUCUGCUCCCGCCCAGAAGAAUCGCCUUGACCUACCUUUGCCCGACCCGAGAACCCCCUCCUGGCCACCUUCCCCAGAUGAGGAUCCCAGUUUGCCCCCCUUUCCUUUGGAAGAGCCUGUCCCCAGGCCCAUGGCCCCAGGGAGCCUUCCCUCUCCAGUCUUGUCCCUUGAGGAAGAAGAGGAGGAAGACGACCAAGACGAACAAGAGGCGGCACAGCCCGAGGAGCUGCGCAGCGAGGAGCAUCCCAGCCAGUUUUUCGCGGAGGCACAGCGGCUGCGGGAGCAGAGGUUGUUGUUGGACGAAGAGGUGUCAGUUGAGGGGCGAGUAUAUGGGGUGCAUCGGGUAAUCUUGGCUGCAAUUAGCAGCCUCUUCCGUGACAGGCUGCUGGGUGGCAGAGGUCCACGACCCCCCCUCAGCCUGGACGUGGCCGCCGGGGCCUGGGAGGCCGUACUGACAUUUGCCUAUGAGGGGGUGCUGGGCCCUGCUCGGCCUGGAGAUGUGCUGGUCGUGGCAGAGGCCCUGGGAGCGCCCCGGGUGAAGGCCGUGGCCCAGUGGAGAUGCAAAGGGGCUGGAAGCGCCAGGGAAGAUGAAAAGCAGCCCAGCCAGGCAGAGGAGCUGAGGGAGAACCUGCGGAGCAUGGAGCUCCUAUACCAAGAGGGCAUCGGGUGUGACCUGGAGCUGGAGGCAGGCGGCUGCAGGCUGCGGGUGCACCGAGCAGCCCUGGCCUGUGGCAGCGAGUUCUUUGGUGCCAUGCUCCUGAGCGGGAUGAGGGAAUCCCAGGGCACAGAGGUGUCUCUGCACACUAUCUCUGCCCAGGACCUGCGACUCCUCGUCUCCUUCGCCUACUCCGGGGUUGUGCGGGCAAGGUGGCCAGGACUGCUGAGAGCUGCCCAGGCUGCUCUCCAGUACCAGAGCUCUUCCUGCCUUGCUCUGUGCCAGAGAGCCUUGGCACGGGGCCUCAGCCCCGCACGUUGCCUGGCCCUGUUCCCCAUAGCGGAAGCCCCGGGCUUAGAGAGGCUCUGGAGCAAAGCCCGUCACUACCUCCUCACCCACCUGCCUGCUGUGGCUUUGUGCCCCACUUUCCCUUCUCUGCCGGCUGCCUGCCUGGCUGAGCUCCUGGAUAGCGACGAACUACACGUGCAAGAGGAGUUCGAGGCCUUCAUGGCUGCGUGGCGUUGGUUAGCUGCCAACCCUGAGACCCAAGAGUCAGAGGCCAAGGCCCUGCUUCGAUGUGUUCGCUUCGGCCGCAUGUCCACCAGAGAGCUGAGGAGGGUGCGGGCCGCGGGGCUGCCUCCACCCCUGACCGCAGACUUGCUGCAACAGCUCCUGGUAGAGGCUGCCGUUCCAGGUCAAGAGCGGCGCAGGGAGCCCGACCAGGCACUGGUAGUGAUCGGCGGGGACGGGCUCAGAGCAGACAUGGCCAUAAGACAGCCGUCGCGAGGAGUGUGGUGGGCGCGCGCCUUCUGCUGCGGCACGGGACUGGUGCGAACCGUGGAGUGGGGGCGGCUGCCUGCCCUGCCUGCCCCGGGGCGCUUCCGGCACGGGGCUGCGAGCCUCGCAGGAAGUGAGCUCUAUGUGUGUGGGGGACAGGAUUUCUACAGCCACUCCAACACCCUGGCUUCGACUCUCAGGUGGGGCCCCAGUCAAGAAGACUGGGAGGAGAUGGCGCCUUUGUGCCAGGCUCGGAGCUUUUUUCCCCUGGUGGCGCUGGACGGACUACUUUAUGCCCUGGGCGGCCGAAACGGUGGCGUCGCCCUCAACUCUGUGGAGACCUAUCACCCCGAGCUCAAUGUCUGGAGGCCGGCACCUGCUCUUCCAGCACCACGCUUUGCCCACGCAGCUGCGGUUCUGGAGGGCCGAUUGUACGUGAGCGGUGGCUGCAGCGGGGCUGGCCAAUACCUGGCCUCAUUGCUGCACUAUGACCCCAAACUUGAGAAGCCAGGGGUGCUUCUGAGCGCUAUGGGGGUACCUCGGGCUGGCCACGUCAUGGCCGCUCUGGGUGGACGGCUGUACGUCGCGGGUGGGCUAGGUGAGACUGGGGACCUGCUGAGCUUCGAGGCCUAUGAACCAAGGACUGAUAGCUGGACUCACCUGGCACCCUUGCCCUCCCCCCAUGUGGGGGCCGCAGGGGCUGCGCUGCAGGGAGAGCUUCUGGUGCUGGGGGGCUACAGCCACCGUACUUACGCCCUCUCCCACCUUAUCCAUGCUUACUCUCCCGGCCUGGGCCGAUGGCUCUGCCUGGGAACUCUGCCAAGGCCUCGGGCUGAGAUGCCUGCCUGCAUCCUGACCCUGCCCACUGUGCAGCACGUAGCUUUGGUUCCCACACGGCACCAAACAAAACCUGCUGGGUGA